AGAACAUCUGCGAAGAACAGAAGAGCUCCUGUAGCCAGUGGCAGGUUCCAUCAUGGGGGUCAACGUCACUGGCAUAUGGCCUACCAGUGCCCCUUCGUUGACGUCCCCUAAAGCCAAAGCUGACGCGAACACUAUAAUGGACAUGGUGCAAGUCUUCUUCUAUAGUGUGGUGUUCCUUGUGGGUUCCCUCGGCAACGGAACCGUGAUCGCCAUCACGGCCCGUCAGGCCUUGCACACUGUCAACUGUGCCUUUUUCCUCAACCUAGCCUUGGCGGACUUCCUGUUCUCGGUCAGCCGGAUAGUGCCGUUGAUGAAGAACGCUUUCUACAGAGGCGAAUGGCCCUUUGGGAGCUUCCUGUGCAAAGCCAACAGCUUCACCAAGUACCUCAACAUGUUCUGGAGCGUCUUUCUCUUGGCGGCGAUCAGCUUGGACCGUGCAGCCUCCGUGGUCUACCCGGUGUGGUCCAGGAACCGCCGUGGACCUCGCUUAGCAUGGCUGUCUGCUGUCAGUGCUUGGUUUAUGGCCACCAUGGCCAGCCUCCCUUUCUACUUGUAUCGCAGUGUGAUAUUCGACUCGAAACGCAACGAGACUAAAUGUUCCCUCACCCUGGGAGACGGGGAGAGCGUAAAGUUGAUAUUGUAUCUGCUGAGGUUGGUAUGUGGAUUCCUGGCUCCUUUUGUCAUCAUUGUGGCUUGCUAUGGGUUAAUCGCUGUGAGGCUGAAGCAACGCCAAGCCACCAUCCGCUCCAAGAAACCCUUCAAGGUCAUACUGGUGAUUGUAAUCACGUUCUUCCUCUGUUGGGCACCGUACCAUCUCUUCCUCCUCCUCAAAUUGGCGGGAAUUAAAAGCCAGGCGGUUUCUAUUGGCCUCCCUCUUGCUUCCUCUCUGGCUUACCUCAAUAGCUGCAUCAAUCCCAUCCUGUAUUUCUUCAUGGGCCUGGACUUUCGCAGAGAAAUUGGUCGCUUUAAUUUGACAGGGGCCUUCAGAAGGACUUUGCUUGAAGGUACUGUCUACUCAGUGGGAGGACUUUCCGGUCGCAAGAAGGAAGCUGUUUCUUCCACGUGCGAGUUGGGAAGCUACACAGUAGCCCAGAAGGUGGUCUGAACACACACCAUCUUUUUUUGAAUAGAAAGGUGGCAUAUAGAUAGUCUAAGAAAUAAAUACAAAUAGGAUGCACAUGUUCCUUUUAAGUGACAUCUCCAGAUCAGGAAAAGACUGAAAAAUGUGGAACCCAUCCAUAUUUCUUGGAUGCUUUCAAACUAUAGAUGUGUUGGAAGACAUCUUGAGUUUGGAAAGUCAGCGUGGCUUACAUGGAAAAAAGACAAUUUGAAGGACACUCUUUUAGAAAACUGACUCUGGAAAUGGAUUGGCGACAAAGAGAUACUUCAAAGCCAGAAAGUGAUGGAAUGUCCCGGCAAAUGUUAAGAUACAACCUGUGAAUCAAAUAGUUGGUCCUCAGAUAGGACUGCUGAGCUUUCACCAGCAGCCUUGACUGCUAAAACCAUAGAGUUUCCAGCAAUUCCUAGAGCCAACCCUACAUCAUUUCCAGAUUUCCCCCCAAAGUGACAUUUACUAUGUAGUUGAUGUAAUCCUCCCCUCCCCUAUUUCUCUGCCCCCAGCUCUCCUGCCAGUUGCCAACCCUUGCAAUCCGGUCCACACAUGCAAGUUCAUGGUACAGUGUGGUGACAUCAGGUCCAAGCUGUGGUCUUCAUGAGAGCUUUCGGGAGCUCGGCCUCCUUUUCAAGACUGUCUUUGCUCUUCCAGCACUGCAUUUUAACCGACUGGUUACUUCUUCUGACCUUGCU